GGAAGGAAGGCGGGCCAAUGGGUGUUGCUGUGCCGGCAGCACCGUGUCGUACCCCCAGCCUGGCGCCUUGGUUCCGCUUGAGAAAGGGUCCCCCCUUUCAGAAGCCCGUCCUUUCUUCCUGGCCUUCCUUUCCCUUCCUGGUGAGCCUUUUCUUUGCCCUUCUUCCCCAUGACCUGCCCGCCCGGCAGAUGCAGAAGUUCCUGACGCCAGAAUGGGUCCCGGGCACUUUCUGUUGCCAUGGUCGGUGCUCUUCUUCCUCCUGCUGCUGCUGCCUUGGGAUUUAGCAGCACUGCUGCAAACAGACGGAGGCUGGCUGACAAGCAGCCAGGUGGCCCUGAUGGAAGAAGACUUCUGCACGGUGGAGCGACGAGAUGCCCGUCUCACCUACUCCCAGUUCAUUCAGCAGUAUGCCUUCUCUCGGCCAGUUAUACUCCAGGGAAUCACAGACAACUCGGAGUUCCAGGCCCAGUGUACCAAAGAGAAGCUCUUGGCCAGGUACGGGGACCGGCUGGUCCGUCUCAGCACCGCCAACACCUACUCGUAUCGCAAAGUCGACCUGGCUUUCCAAGAUUACGUGGACCAGUUCCUGGAGCCACAAGACCAAACCUCUUUAGGAAGCGAAACCCUCUACUUCUUUGGGGACAAUAACUUCACUGAGUGGGGCCCUCUCUUCCAGAAAUACAGACCUCCACCGUUUCGGAUCCCGGGUACUACUGGAGCAUACAGUUUCGGGAUCGCUGGAUCCGGCUCCGGGGUGCCCUUCCACUGGCACGGCCCUGGUUACUCCGAGGUGAUCUUUGGCAGGAAGCGCUGGUUUCUGUAUCCCCCGGAGAAGACGCCGGACUUCCAUCCCAACAGAACCACUCUCUCCUGGUUGCUGGAUACCUACCCUUUCCUGCCGCCCUGGGAGAGGCCCCUGGAAUGCACCAUUCGCCCGGGAGAGGUCCUUUAUUUCCCGGAUCGCUGGUGGCACGCAACCCUCAAUUUGGACACCAGUGUUUUCAUCUCCACAUUCCUGGGCUAAACCGAUCUGGGUGAGCUUUCCUCCCUGGGAUACCUGCUGUUUUCCCCCCAGGGCUUGUGUCUGAAGAAACCGGAUGUCUUUGCUACAGACAGGCAUCCUCGACCGGCCAGGCUCCAAGGAGGACAGGGAUAGAAAGCUCAGAUGAUCUCCUGCGGGACCAACUGGCCAGAU